AUGCAGUCCGUGGUUGCUCUCCUCUGGGCUGGCUGGUGGCAGCUCCGACCCCGGCACGCCGGGAGUGGGGAUGGACAGGGACAGAUACUCCAGCGUUUCCCGGAGAAGGACUGGGAGGACAACCCCUUUCCCCAGGGCAUCGAGCUGUGGAUCUGCAGCCACCCCUACUCGCCCGUCCGGACUCAGUUCUGCUCUCGACUGCCUCCCAUGUUCCGUGGCCUCGUUCAGAGCUGGCGCUCAUCUCCACCUUUGUGUGUGCUGGUGCUGGAGAACUUCCACGAGAGCUGUGGCUGCUGGAGGCUGAUCAGGACGCCCCGUGCCCCUCAGAGCCACCCCAGGAAUGGUGGGGAGGAGGAGGAAGAGGAGCCGUCGUCUCCCGUUCAACCAGCGCAGCUCUUUGCUCCCAAAAGCUUGGUGCUGGUGUCGCGGCUGGACCACGCGGAGGUGUUCAGGAACAGCCUGGGUCUGAUCUAUACCAUCUACGUGGACGGACUGAGCGUGUCCCUGGAGAACGUCAUCGGGAACCUCCUGACGUGUACCAUCCCCAUCACCGGGGGCGCUCAGAGGACGAUCUCCCUGGGCGCCGGGGACAGGCAGGGGAUCCAGACGCCCAUCAAUGACUCGCUUCCCGGCAGCAGCUGCAGCGUGGCCCUGCUCUUCCGCCAGCUUGGCAUCACCAAUGUGCUGUACCUCUUCUGUGCAGCGCUUACUGAACACAAGAUCCUGUUCCUCUCCAGCAGUUACCAGAGGCUGACCGAUGCCUGCCGGGCUCUCCUUGCACUUAUGUUCCCCCUCAAGUACAGUUUCACGUAUGUGCCCAUCUUGCCUGCACAGCUCCUUGAGGUACUGAGCACGCCAACACCCUUCAUUAUCGGAGUCCACUCCAUCUUCCAGUCGGAGACGCAGGAGCUGCUGGAUGUUGUUAUCGCAGACCUGGAUGGCGGGACAGUGAACGUCCCCGAGUACGUACACAUCUCCCUGCUCCCGGAGCCGCUGCUCCAGCAGACCCGGGAAGCCCUCUCCAUGGUAAGUGCCGCAGCCUUUCCCCCGUCCCCAGGUUGCGAACACCUCGGGAACGAUAGGCAUUUCCAAGGGGAGCUGGGAACGGAGCAGUUAAGAGGCAAAGGACAACACUGCCAGGACAGCGAGGCCGCUGCUCCAAGCCACGAUGGCCUGGAAGCCAGCGGUGCCGUUUCAGAUAAGGAGAUCCGCGCCGUCUUCCUCCGCUUGUUUGCGCAGCUGCUUCAGGGCUACCGCUGGUGUCUGCACAUCAUCCGCAUCCAUCCCGAGCCGGUCAUCCGAUUCCAUAAGGCAGCCUUCCUUGGGCAGCGGGGACUGGUGGAGGAUGACUUCCUCACCAAGGUGCUGGAGGGCAUGGCAUUUGCUGGCUUCGUGACGGAGCGGGGAGCCCCGUACCGCUCGAUCGAUCUGUUUGAUGAGCUCGUGGCUUACGAAGUGAAGCGCAUGCGUGCCGAAGAGGGGAACAAGCAGAAAAUACUGCGGCACAUCAAGGAGCUGGCGGAGAAACUUUACAAAAACGAGAACCCGUACCCCGCGGUGACCAUGCACAAGGUGCAGAAGCCCACGGAAGGCUGUCACCUGCGCCUCCACCAGAAGCCUUUUCCCCGUUUGGAUGAGGGCACGGUGCAGUGGAUCAUCGACCAGGCCACGGCCAAGCUGCAGACAGCUCCUCCUGCCGUGAAGGCAGAGAAGAAAUGCAUGGUGCCGUCGGGACCCCCCAUAGCUGCCAUCAUGGAGCGCAACGGCAAUGCCCUGGCCAACAGCGCCCGCCGCCUGGAGGUGGUCAGGAACUGCAUCUCCUAUGUCUUUGAGAACAAGAUGUUAGAAGCCAAAAAGCUAUUCCCUGCCGUGCUGCGUGCCAUGAAGGGCCGAGCAGCCAGGCACUGCCUGACCCAGGAGCUGAACCUGCACGUGCAGCAGAACCGGGCGGUGCUGGACCACCAGCAGUUUGAUUUCAUAAUCCGCAUGAUGAACUGCUGUUUGCAGGACUGCACUGCCAUGGACGAGCAUGGGAUUGCGGCCGCUCUCUUGCCACUGGUCACCGCUUUCUGCCGAAAGCUGAGCCCGGGCAUCACGCAGUUUGCCUACAGCUGCGUGCAGGAGCACGUGGUGUGGACCAACAUCCAGUUCUGGGAGGCCAUGUUCUACUGCGAUGUGCAGAACCACAUCCGAGCCCUGUACCUGGACAACAACGAGGAGAACCACGCGGAUGAGGAGAGCACGGAGGGGCCCCAGGAAGCCAAGUCUGCCCUGGAGAUCGCAUCGGAGCAGCUGAGGCUCUGGCCCACCAUGAGCCGAGAGAAACAGCAGGAGCUGAUCCAGAAGGAGGAGAGCACUGUUUUCAGCCAGGCCAUCCACUACGCCAACCGCAUGAGCUACCUGCUGCUGCCUCUCGACACCAGCAAGAGCCGCCUGCUGCGCAGCUCCGGGCUGGGGGACGUGGAGAGUGUCAGCAACAGCUUCGUCACCAACAGCAUCGCUGGCAGCGUGGCUGAGAGCUAUGACACAGAAAGUGGAUUUGAGGAUGCAGAGAGUUCCGAUGUGGCCAACUACGUGGUGCGAUUCAUCAACCGCUUUGUGGACAAAGUCUGCACGGAGAGCGGAGUCACCAACGAGCACCUCAAGGGGCUGCACGUCAUGAUCCCUGAUAUUGUGCAGAUGCACAUAGAGACACUGGAUGCCGUGCACAGGGAGAGCAAGAGGCUUCCUCCCAUCCAGAAGCCAAAGCUGCUGCGCCCCAACCUGUUGGUGGGUGAGGAGUGCGUGAUGGAGGGGCUCCGUGUGUACCUCAUGCCUGAUGGACGGGAAGAAGCUGCUGGAGGGAAUGUUGGUGGUCCACCUCUCCUCCCUGCAGAAGGAGCCAUCUUCCUCACCACCUACCGCAUCAUCUUCAAAGGCACUCCCACGGACCCCCUGGUGGGGGAGCAGGUGGUGAUCCGGUCCUUCCCCAUCGCCUCGCUGACCAAAGAGAAGAAGUUCAAUAUCCUGGCCCAGGUGGAUCAUUUCAUCCGGGAGGGCUUGCAGCUGCGCUCGUGCACAUUCCAGUUGCUGAAGAUCGCCUUCGAUGAGGAGGUGGCUUCGGACAGUGCUGAGGUCUUCAGGAAGCACCUGCACAAGCUGCGCUACCCUCAGCACGUGCGCGGCACCUUCGCCUUCACCGUGGGCCAGUCACCCAAGCAAGCCAUGCAGCCCAAGGCCAAGGAGAAGAACCCCUCGCUCAGGACGCUCUCCAAAAACCUGGUGAAAAAUGCCAAGAAAACGAUGGGCCGCCAGCACAUGACGCGGAAGAAAUACACACCGCCCACGUGGGAGCAGCGGAGCAGCCAGCACUUCCCGGAAGACAACGAGGAUGAGAUCUCAGUGUCUGAAGAGAUGGACAGAAGCACUUUGACCCCCACCACCACCAUCAAACCUUCAGACAAGAUGACCAUCAACCACUACGCCAUUUGCCGGAGGUGAGCCUCAGCGGGGCCGCGGAUGAGGACGGGGGGGGCGCAGGGCCAGGAGAGUGAUGAUAGGACGAGGGGGAAUGGUUUGAAGUUGCGCCAGGGCAUGCCGCAGAGCAUCCAGGACAACACGAUCCAGCGGAUCUCCCGCUGCUACCGCCAGAACCGCUUCCCCGUGGUGUGCUGGCGAAACUCCCGCACCAAGGCCGUGCUGCUGCGCUCGGGGGGGCUGCACGGCAAGGGCGUCAUGGGCCUCUUCAAGUCCCAGAAUGCCCCCACCGCAGGCCCCUCACAGACGGACUCCACCAGUUUGGAGCAGGAGAAGUACCUGCAGGCCGUGAUCAACUCCAUGCCACACUACGCCGACGCCAGCGGGCGCAACACUUUUGUUGGUGCCACAGAUUUCUCCGACAAGAGACAGCCUAAGCUGGGAUCGCUCAUGAAGCAGGUGAUGGGAGGGAAGGACGAUGGGCCCGGUACUAUUAGCCGAGGAGGUGAGGACGUGCGAGUGGACGCUGCCCCGUGGGGGCCUCGCCGAGGCCCCCGGCUGGGGCAGCUCUUCAAAGAGUGGCUGCCCUUCGGGCACUGCUUCAGCCACCGCGGCGCCCAGACCCUGGCUGGCCGGAGCAGCGGCUUUGCCCCCAUCUUCCUGCAGUUCCUGGACUGCGUGCACCAGAUCCACCUGCAGUUCCCCAUGGAGUUCGAGUUCAGCCAGUACUACCUGAAGUUCCUCAGCUAUCACUACGUUUCCAACCGUUUCCGGACGUUCCUGCUGGACUCCGACUACGAGCGCAUCGAGCUGGGCGUGCUUUACGAGGAGAAGGGUGAGCGGAAGAGCCAGCAGGUCUGCAAGUCCAUCUGGGAUUACAUCGACCGGCUGAACAAGAAAGCCCCCAUCUUCUUCAACUACAUGUAUGCCCCUGAGGAUGGGGAGGUGCUGCGGCCGUACAGCAACAUUUCCAACCUGAAGGUGUGGGACUACUACACGGAGGAGACGCUUUCCGAGGGCCCCUCCUAUGACUGGGAGCUGGCACAGGGGCAGCCGGAGCACGUGGAGGAGGCGGAUCGGCAGGACACCAGUGCCCCCCAGACGAAGCGCAAGAUCAUCUGGCCGUGCUACGACAACCGCAGCCGCGUGGAGCCCGACGCCAUCUCCAAGCUGCUGGAGACCCCCAGCUCCCUGCUGAUGUCCUCCGGCCUCUCCCACCACCGGCGCUCGCUCGGAACCCUCACGCGCUGCCGCUCCCGCAGGUCCUACGAGGGGUCGCUGUACAAGAAAGGAGCCUUCAUGAAACCGUGGAAACCUCGCUGGUUCGUGCUGGAUAAAACCAAACAUCAGGUACUGAGGGGCAGG